UACAUACUACCUACUGUAUACAGGUGGCAGCUUGUACUGUUGGUGUAGGUCCAAAGAGCGCAUGCGUUCAUGUAUCAACUGACGAUAAGCAGUUACCACCUCCCGAGAACAAACCCGAGAAGGUUUAUCAGAUGGCGAAUAGUACGACUAAAAACUGCUCCAUARAAUGGACUAAAGCAAACAACACUGACCCUGAUCCUGAUAGUCAUAUUAUUGGCUAUGUCAUCUUUUACAGAUUCUUUGGAACUAACGAUACAUGGAAGGAAGAGAAGGCCGAGGGUGCAGAUACAACGCGUUAUGUCUUGGAAAAUUUGGAGGAGUAUUCAAAGUAUGAGAUACGAGUUGCCGGGUAUAAUAUUUAUGGUACUGGAAAUAAAAGCGUCAUGUUGCUUUGCGAAACAAAGGAAGAUGCCCCUACAGCUCCUCCUCCAGACAUAGUAGGGAUCAAUUCCAGUUCGACAUCGAUCUCGGUUAGUUGGAAUGAUAUCCCAAAGACCGACCUAAAUGGAAAACUUCGCAAAAUCUGUGUCCUCAUUUGGGUCAAGAACAAUAGAGCGGACACUGAACAGACAAUUUGCAUCGAUUAUAAAGAAGACAACAGCAAGUCUGUACGUAAGAGAAGAGCGAUUUCCAUUGACCCUGAAACAAAAGUCAUUACUGGUCUGGAUAAAUAUACAACUUAUGCAAUCCAAGUUUAUGGUGUAACUGUUGCUGACGGCCCGAAAAGUGAUGUCAUUUAUGUCACUACAGCAGAAGAUGCUCCAACUGCACCAGUAAGGAAUCUUACUGUUACCAAUUCCAGCUCGUCCAGUUUGUUUAUGACUUGGUCUAANAUAGCACCAGAGAACAUCCAUGGAAUUCUUCGAUAUUUUGUGGUGUAUUACUGGAGAGCCGACUGGCCUAUUAUCGAAAGAAAGAACAUAACAUUACCAAUUGAUGAUGUUCGUCACAAUUCAACAGGAGUUCGGUCCGGUUCGGUCAGUGGACGAAGAAAACGAAGAUCUGUAACUGUACCUCCAACAGCUGAGUUUAAGUUCAAUAUGACUGGGCUCGAGAUAUGGACCAACUAUUCUGUACAGGUUGCAGGAUUUACUGUUGCUACGGGAGUUCCCAGCAGUGAAAUAACUGUAUCGACGGAUGAAGACAGGCCUUGCCUUCCUCCAGACGAUAUCCGGUUUUCUGUGCCUUGGCCUAAGGCUCUUAAAGUUCACUGGAAAGAAGUUAUAAGAAACUGUACAAAUGGAAUUAUUCGAGGGUAUCGMCUGAUUUACCAAGAAAUGAUUCCAAGCGCCUCUCCAAUAACAGUAAACUUGACAACCGACAAGGAAGAUUAUAUUAUAGAUAACAUGAAUAUGGACGCGAAUUAUACAAUACAAUUGCUUGCAUAUACCACUAAAGGGGAUGGUAAUGUUAGCUUUGACUUAGCACCACCAGAUAGAAAUGGCCCCAAACACUCGCCGAUUAACGUGACAGCAGAAAACUUUACCACACCGACGUCAAUUCCAGUUUCCUGGAAACCAAUCGAAGAGCCGGGCCUCCAAGAGAAACUGCUGGGUUACCAAGUGUCAUGGAGGGUUCUUACUGAAGGACUGGAAGAAAUAGAAGAGGCACCUUGGGUCAAAGAAACAGUGAGAAAAGACGCUCUUUCUUACACCAUCAAAACGCUGAAAAACUUUGUCCACUACCAGAUAGAAGUUGCUGGAUUUACACGGGGUGGAAAUGGGCCGUCCGGGAUCACGUUUGCUGAUACUUGUCGCUGCUUCAGACGAAUUGCGACGAACUACCGUGUCUUUGCGCCCUACAACGCCGUACAAAUCUCUAAAAACCUUAAAAAAGUCAACAUGUCUGGAAUGAUCCCAGGAAUUUUGAACAACUUAACGAUAUCAUGCUGUCAAUCAUGUAAAUCACACGGCUCUUCGUACGUAGACUUCGUUAACAAUGGUCACAACAAGUCGGCGUACCAGUACAACGAACUAGACGUUAUAGAAUUGAUUGAUGAUACUAACGAUCUUAGUUUUCCAAUUUAUGGCUGGAAGUGGCAGGACACUUACCAAGAGCUUUACAGGUAUAUGCCGCUGGUCGAAUCCCCGGGUUUCGCUCUUCUUCUACUGGAGCCCAAAACAGAAAGUCCUUUACAGGCCAUUGUGAAAUCAAUCCUUGACACAUGGCCUUAUUUGCUUAUCGUGUGUUUGAUGGCUCUUGUAGCAGGCAUCAUUAUGUGGUUCUUGGAUACCAGUUAUAACGAAGAACAUUUUCCUCACUCGUACCUGAAAGGAAUCGCUAAUGGGUGGUGGUGGGCUUUCAUCUCCAUGACAACACUUGGUUACGGUGAUAAAGUUCCUAUGUCUGAUCGUAGCAAGGUUUUCGCAGUUGUCUGGGUUUUGAUGGGUUUGGUUAUUUACGGCAUAUUAAGCGGUUCGAUUUGUACAGCGUUUACAACUGUUAUUUAUAAAUCAAGCACCCAGUUGUAUGGUUCACAGGUCGCUGCUAUUUACGAUACACCUGAGUACAGAUUUGGAGUUCGAAGAAGUGCCAAAGUUAACACAAAUGCGAAUUACACGCGAUUUGAUGAAAUUCUUCAAGCCUUGUUAGAUGGUGAGGUGCAAGGAAUUCUGAUGGACGCGUACGAAGCGGGGACUAAGGCCAAGGUGUUUGAAGAGAAAGCAAAAGGAAGAAUACGCGUUCAAAAGGUCUUUGACUAUUCGUCUACGUUUGGUGUAGUCCUUGCAGGACCAUCCACGAGACUGUACCAAUGCUCACGGGAAUGGAUGUCUGCAAAUCGUGCAGAAAUGACCUCACAUAUUGAAAAGUAUAUGGGUGUGGUCGAGGAGGAUACGAUUAAUGAAUUGGUGGAGAUUGCAACUGGUCUAUUUGAUGCUAAUUCCCCGACCUUUAAAGACUUCCUCAAAUACAGUCUUAUUGCUGGUGGUGUUUUGGUGGCAUUAGGGCUUAUUUGGGAGUUUUAUUACAACGUCAACAAGAAAAAGAAAAACAAACUUGAAGCGACCUCCGAAGCUUUCCUUCGAAAAGAAAGGAUUACCAAGGAACUGGGUAGUUUUACAAGACAAUUUCUUGAGCAACUCAUGGACAAGAUCUCUGAACUUAAAGAGAAACACGAAGAGGAACAACUAGCAUUUCGCCGAAAUAAUAAACACCUUUUAAAGAAGAAACCAAAAGGAAAACUUCUUCAGCUCGAGCUGCUAUUCAGAAGCGACCAUACGGUGAAAAUGUAAAAUCGUCCUUGUAUUUAUAGUUCAGACGUCUUUACAGAAAACACUGGCGUAAUGAAGCCACAAGACCCUGAAUAUUAUGAUAAAAAAAAACAAAACCCCAUCGCCACCAUGUUGGAUGGAUGAAGAAGAAAAGAUGGUGAUUGGUGCUUUUUCAUCCAACAUGGCCGCGACUAUUAUGACAUCACGUUUGUCUCAAGGAUUGUUUCAGUAGUAAUCCAGUCAGGGUUUUUCUAUUGUAGAGAAGCCAUAACGAGAAGCACAAAUCACGACAACGCCCAGACUGGACACACUCCAGUGUAACAUGUAAGCGGGACAACGCAAUUGGAGUCAAAUUAAUCAAACCAAAUAUCAAAUUCCUGGCUUUAACCAACAAAAACCUACAUCAAGAUAUAGUCAGUACUAGUCUCGUACCCAGGCUAUUCUCCUCAUAGUAUGACCUCACUUGGCAUGCUGUCAGAUUAAAGCUUGGGGACGAGACUAUCGUCCGAAAUACCCGAUAUUUUUAGUCAAAACGUUUGGUAAAAUAUACUCAUCCAGUAUUCAGUCAUUAUUUUAACAAACAUGUACAGUGAAUCGCGAUCUUUUUGAGUGCACCUAUCACUUUAUAAAAGCCAUAUUCAUUACAUGGCAGAGGAACAAUUAUUAUACUGAAGGCGAUGUGUUUAUGAAGGUGAACAACACAGACAACCCAAUAAUAGAUAGUCCUGAACAAGAAUAUCAAGCACAUAGAAGCUCACAUUUCUACCGGACCCACUGGCAGAAGUACGUUAAGGGCUUCUUUUUAUAAAAAUGAUGUCACAGACAUAGUCAAACUGAAAAAUAAUUGAAAAAUGAUUGUAUAUACUCAUCCAAAAAACCAUAGUUAAUAGAGAGUCCUCGCUAUUAACUAUGAAAAAACUCACAACGAAAACCACCGCAAAUAUUAUGUAUGCAUUUAACAAUAAAAUACACUUGAAUAAGAA